AUGUCCAUGUCUAAUGAGUGUUUUAGUGGUGUUACCCAUGAAGGAGAGCCUACAGGAACUGUUGAAGACAUCAAUGGAGUACAGACAUAUGUCGCCUUGCCUCCAGCUGGCAAGGACUACGAUAAGACAAAGGCCGUCCUCGUCCUAACUGAUGUUUUCGGCAUCCCACUUGUUAAUAACCGGGCGGAUGAUUUUGCGAAAAAUGGCCUUCAGACAUACAUUCCUGACAUCUUUAACGGAGAUGCGAGGAAGCUCAACGUCCCAGUGGAUCGUGAGAAAUGGCUCGCCAACCAUGGGCGUGAGCAGACUCGGCCACCCAUCGACAAGAUCAUAGCUGGACUCAAGGAUCGUGGCGUGGAGAAAAUAGCAGCGACGGGAUAUUGCUUCGGUGCCCGAUACGUGUUUGAUUUGGCCUUCGACAAUAUGAUCAAGGUUGCUGCUGUCGCCCAUCCGUCGCGUCUCGAAGUACCUGAUGACUUAAAUAAAUUCAAAGCAAGUGGCAUACCUCUCCUCAUUAAUUCAUGCGAAGUCGACCCUACAUAUCCGCAAGAGAGUCAAAAGAUCGGCGAUGACAUCCUUGGUGGUGGACAGACGCAGACGGAAACAUAUUGGCGUGCUUACUUCGACGGCUGCGAGCAUGGAUUCGCGGUUCGUGGGGAUCUUAGUAAUCCUGCAGUUAAGAAAGGUAAAGAGCAAGCGUUCGCGAACACUGUCGAAUGGUUCAAUAAGCAUCUUUGA